AAACUAUUCUUCUUUUUUAGUAGCAGUAUACUUUUAUAAAUGAGUACUUUUGGUAAACUUUUCCGUGUCACCACCUAUGGUGAAUCCCAUUGUAAGGGUGUAGGUGCUAUUAUUGAUGGUGUGCCUCCAGGAAUGGAAUUAUCUGAAAGUGACAUUCAACCUCAAUUAUCACGUAGAAGACCUGGCCAAAACAAAUUAACAACUCCUCGUGACGAAAAGGAUAAAGCUACCAUUAUGUCUGGUACUGAAUUUGGUGUUACUUUGGGUACACCUAUUGGUAUUCAAGUUCCUAACGAAGACCAAAGACCUCACGAUUACAACGACACAGAUAUUUUCCCUCGUCCUUCUCAUGCUGAUUACACCUACCUCCAAAAGUACGGUGUCAAGGCUUCUUCAGGUGGUGGAAGAGCUUCUGCUCGUGAAACCAUUGGCCGUGUUGCCGCUGGUGCCAUUGCUGAGAAAUAUUUACGUUUAGCUUACGGUGUUGAAAUUGUUGCUUUUGCUUCCAGCGUCGGUAGAGUAGCUAUGCCAUUCAUCAGUGAAUUAGACAAUGCGGAUACAGCUGAGCCUGAAGUCAUUGAAUUUAUGAACACCAUUACCCGUGCUGAUGUGGAUGCUGAUAUUUCUCGUUGUCCUCAUCCUCCCACCGCUGAGGCCAUGAAGGAAUUGAUCGCCCAAAAAUCUCAUGAGAAGGAUUCCAUCGGUGGUACAGUUACUUGUGUUAUCCGUAACUGUCCUAUUGGUUUGGGUGAACCUUGUUUCGAUAAAUUGGAAGCUGUUUUAGCACAUGCCAUGUUAUCUAUUCCUGCUACCAAAGGCUUUGAAUUCGGCUCUGGAUUCAAUGGAACCAAGAUGAGCGGUAUUGAACACAACGAUCCCUUUGAGCAAAAGGAAGACGGAUCUAUCGGUACAACCACCAAUAACUCUGGUGGUGUUCAAGGUGGUAUUUCAAACGGUGAGAAUAUUUAUUUCCGUGUUGCAUUCAAGCCUGCAGCUACCAUCUCUCAAGAUCAAACUACCGCUAAUUAUGAUGGUGUCACUGGUACCUUGACUGCUAAGGGUCGUCAUGAUCCUUGUGUUGUUUCAAGAGCUUGUCCCAUCGUGGAAGCAAUGGCCGCUCUUGUUAUUAUGGAUGCUGCUUUGCAACAAGAAUCUCGCCGUGCUGCCUUCUCCAAGUUACCCGCCAUUAAUAUCAACCACGCUUUGUUGGGAAAGGCACCCAAGAAGGAUUAAAAAUCUCCCCUCAUAUCCUUUCCAUAGAACGCUUCAUUGUAAAAUAAUAUAAAAUAGUACAUUUGUUUUUUAAUCU